ACAAGCUUUCCAGUCACGGGUCGCCUGUCCUUAAACUCCUGGAGCUGCUCUGUCACCUGUGAUGAAUCGUAUGAAGGAUGCCAGGGGACCCAGGACAGUCAGCAAUGGACUCAGUGGCCAUUGGGGACGUGGCUGUGAACUUCACCCCUGAGGAGUGGGCUUUACUGGAUCCUUCACAGAAGAGACUCUACAGAGAUGUGAUGGAGGAAACCUUCAGGAACCUGGCCUCAGUAGGAAAAACAUGGGAAGAUCAUGAUAUUGAAGAUCAGUAUAAAAACCAGGGGAGAAGACAAAGAAGUCAUAUGGUGGUGAGAGUCUGUGAAAGUGAAGAGGGUAGUCAAAGUAGAGAAAACUUCAGCCUUAUUCCAAAUCUCAAUCUGAAUGAGAAAACUGCAGCAAAACCAUGUAAAUAUAGUGCAUGCAGAAAAGUCUUCAUGCAUCAUUCAUCCCUUAAUAGGCUCGUUCAAUGUCAUACUGAACACAAAGCAUAUGACUAUCACAAAUAUGGAGAGAAACCAUAUAAAUGUAAGGAAUAUGAGAAAGCCUUCACUUUUCCCACUUCUCUCCAAAUACGUAAAAGAACUCAGACUAGAGAGAAACCGUAUGAAUGUAAAAAAUGCAAUAAAGCAUUCACUGCUUCCAGUUCUCUUCGAAUACAUGAAAGAACUCACACAGGAGAGAAACCCUAUGAAUGUAAGGAAUGUGGGAAAGCCUUUACAGCUCCCUCAAGCCUGCGAUCACACAUGAUCUCUCACACUGGAGAUGGACCUUAUAAAUGUAAGGAAUGUCAGAAAGUAUUCAUUUCUCCCAGUGCUUUUCAAAUACAUGAAAGGAGACACACUGGAGAGAAACCCUAUGAAUGUAAAAAUUGUGGCAAAUCAUUCAGUCAUCCCAGUACUCUUCAGAUACAUGAAAGACGUCACACUGGAAAGAGACCCUAUCAAUGUGAGGAAUGUGGGAAAGCCUUUAUUGCUCUCACAAACCUUCGAGUACACAUGAUCACUCACACUGGAGGUGGACCUUAUAAAUGUAAGGAGUGUGGGAAAGUUUUCAUUCAUCCCAGUUCAUUUCGAAUACAUGAAAGGAGUCACACUGGAGAGAAACCCUAUGAAUGUAAAGAAUGUGGGAAAGCGUUCAGUUUGUCCACUAACUUGAAAAAACACAAAAGAACUCACACAGGAGGGACACCCUUUGUAUGUAAGGAAUGUGGUAAUGCUUUUAAUUCUCUUCAAGUUUUCCAAAUACAUGAAAGAAAUCACACUAGAGAGAAACCCUAUGAAUGUAAAAAAUGCAACAAAGCACUCAGUUCUUCCAGUUCUCUUCGAAGACAUGAAAGAAAUCAUACUGGAGAAAAACCUUAUGAGUGUAAAAAGUGCAAUAGAAUAUUCUGUUUUCCCAGUUCUCUUCGGGUACAUGAAAGAAUUCAUACUGGAGAGAAACCAUAUGAAUGUAAGGAAUGUGGGAAAGCCUUUAUAACUCCCUCAAGUCUUCGAUCACACAUGAUCCUUCACACUGGGGUUGGACCUUAUAAAUGUAACAAAUGUGAGAAAGUAUUCAUUUCUGAGAGUUCACGUCAAAAACAUGAAAGGAGACACACUGGAGAGAAACCAUAUGGAUGUAAAGAAUGCAGUAAAGUAUUCAGUUAUACCAGUUCUCUUCGAAAACAUGAAAGAACUCAUACUGGAGAGAAACCCUAUGAAUGUCAAAAAUGCAGUAAAUCCUUCACUUCUUCCAGUUCUCUUCGAGUACAUGAAAGAAUUCACACAGGUGAGAAGCCCUAUGAAUGUAAGGAAUGUGGGAAAGCCUUUAUAGAUUCCUCAAGCCUUCGAUCACACAUGAUGUAUCACAUGGAAUCUAGACCUUAUAAAUGUAAGGAAUGUGAGAAAGCAUUUAUUUAUCCCAGAUUACUUCAAAGACAUGAAAGAACUCACACUGGAGAGAAACCCUAUGAAUGUAAAGAAUGUGGGAAAGCCUUCAUUUCCCAUCAAAGUUUCCAAAUACAUAAAAGAAAUCAUAUAGGGGAGAAACCUUAUAAAUGUAAAAAAUGUAGUAAAGCAUUUAGUUUUCCCAGUUCUCUUCGAAAACAUGAAAGAACUCAUACUGGAGAGAAAUCCUAUGAAUGUCAAGAAAGUUGGAAAGCCCUUGUUUCUCAUGCAGACUUUUGAGGAUAUGUGAGAAUGCACACUAGAAGAAAAGCCAUAUAUACGUUAUGAAUGUAGGAAGGCCUUUUGUCAUCCCAGUUCUUUCUUAAUGUAUAAAAGGAGUUACUUAAUAAAAAUGUCUUGAAUGUAAACAGCGUGGGAAAGACUUCAAAUGGCCUACAUCCUUAUAUGUGAAACUCUCACCAAAAAUAAUAUGAGAAAGCUUGAUUGAAAUUGUGUAUGAAACUUGUGUAUGAUGUUCUAGAAAACUUUCAGUAUAAAAGAGUUGUUAUAAAAGUUGUAAAUAUAUUGUGUUUAGCAAGCCUCUUUCCUAAAGUCCAACAUUGGAUUGUGGAUUUCUAUUAAUUUGUUUCAGAAAUGAAUAUUGAGGUGAGAUAAUUCUGCAAUUCAUCC